ACCGCAUACAUCGAUACUGCUUCCUUGCACCCUUAAUUUGUUUCUAGGUGUUGGCUGCCAAUUGUAGAGUGCAAAUGAAAAGUUACAGAUUGGUGGCUUCGUUAACAAAAUUUUCAGUUAUUUGUGUAGUUGAAGACGGGAAUUUGUUUUGCGUAUAAAAAGUUAACACUGCGUUUCAAUUGGCAGAGCAAACAGGACGACAACUAUGAACUAAAGUCAGAAUUAAAUGCACACCGUACCGAGAAUAUAAUGCGUGAAUAGUAUUAUUCGAUAAAAAAAUAAACCAACUAAAAAGCAAAAAAACCAACUCUUGCAGAACCAAGUUCAUGAUUUAUCCAUACUAGAGUGCACAAAAUAAACGCCGUAUGCAAGCGUGAUCAUCCAAAGCUUUUUAUCCGACUAAGCUACUGGCCAGCUUAAAAAAAGUAAGCCACCAUCUAACGAGAGCGAACAGAUCCGACCGACGACCGCACAAAGAAGGAUCUAUCUAGAAAGCCGGCUAGCCGAAUUCCGCAUCCGAAUUCGAAACCGAAUCCUCAACCAAAUCAUCCCAUAAGGACGCCGCUGUCUUCAACGAUCACAAGAUGAAUGAAUUAGACAGUCUCAGGCAGGAAGCCGAGUCCCUAAAAAACGCCAUUCGGGAUGCCCGUAAGGCGGCGUGCGACACAUCACUGUUGCAAGCGGCCACCUCGCUGGAACCCAUCGGCCGCAUACAGAUGCGCACACGUCGUACAUUACGCGGCCAUUUGGCGAAAAUCUACGCCAUGCAUUGGGGCAACGAUUCAAGGAAUCUCGUAUCAGCCUCACAGGACGGCAAACUGAUCGUUUGGGACUCGCAUACCACGAACAAAGUCCACGCCAUUCCACUGCGAUCCUCGUGGGUGAUGACAUGUGCGUACGCCCCAUCCGGUAGCUAUGUGGCCUGCGGUGGCCUCGACAACAUGUGUUCAAUUUACAACCUAAAGACGCGCGAGGGCAAUGUCCGGGUGUCCCGUGAACUGCCCGGCCAUGGUGGCUAUCUAUCGUGCUGCCGCUUCCUGGACGACAAUCAGAUCGUGACCAGCUCCGGUGAUAUGUCGUGCGGAUUGUGGGACAUCGAGACGGGCCUGCAGGUAACCUCAUUUCUGGGUCACACCGGCGAUGUUAUGGCCCUCUCACUGGCGCCCCAAUGCAAAACGUUCGUCUCCGGCGCCUGCGAUGCGUCCGCCAAGCUAUGGGACAUCCGGGAGGGUGUCUGUAAACAAACCUUCCCCGGCCACGAAUCCGAUAUCAAUGCGGUCACAUUUUUCCCCAAUGGCCAGGCAUUCGCCACCGGUUCGGACGACGCUACCUGUCGAUUGUUCGACAUCCGUGCCGAUCAGGAGUUGGCCAUGUACUCGCACGACAACAUCAUAUGCGGCAUCACAUCGGUGGCAUUCUCGAAGAGCGGACGUCUGUUAUUAGCGGGCUACGACGAUUUCAACUGCAAUGUAUGGGACACGAUGAAGGCAGAACGAUCCGGCAUACUCGCCGGCCACGACAACCGUGUAUCCUGUUUGGGUGUCACCGAGAACGGCAUGGCGGUGGCAACAGGAUCGUGGGACUCCUUCUUGCGCGUAUGGAACUAAAAACAAAACAAAACAGAAACAAAAGAAAAGAAAACAAAAAACAGAGAAAACCAAACAAACAAAGAACAACAAAAAAAAGAGGAAAAAGUAAAAGAACUUCAAAAUGCAUUAAAGGGUGGGGUGGGGUCAGGUCAACGGUUGCGCAGUCUGCGGAUAGUGUUUCACCCAUCAUCUACAUUGUGAUCUAAUGUAUAUGAUUCGGUGUUACCUCUGUGGUUAAUAUUAAAUGAGUGCCGGACGUUUUGAAUAUGUGGGCGCAGCUAGUUGACUAGAACGUAGACCACAACAACAAAGAACUUUAUAUACAACAUUAUUUAUAUUGCUAUAUACUUAUUAACUAAAAUUAUACAAAAAAACAAAAUAAAACCAAAAAAAAAAACAAAAAAAAAACCGCAGACAUACGCAGCAACAUACAAAUAGACAUACACACGCAUACAAGAAUAUUAUUAGUGUAAAUGGAAAAUUGAGAAAAAACAAAAACCAAGAACAAGAUCAAGAAAAAACCAAAAGAUAAAGAAAUUGAUGAAGAAACGAUGGGCCCGCUGAUAGUCAGUUGUUUAGUCAGAAUUCCGGUUACAGCUACAGUUUAAAACGUACGUAAAUUAAACUUAGUUCAAAUCGCAUUUCAGCGGUGAGUGCGUGCAACUGAGAGCACAAAACUGGCAGCCGAUCCUAGUCCUGGUCCUGGUUCUGGUUGUGGUCCUAAUCCCGAAUCGGAAUCCGAAUCCGAGUACCAGGAGCGACAGGAGUGGUGCUGGUCAGUCAGUCAGUCGUUUGCACUUUGUAAAAGAAAAAGAAGAUGGUAUCAUUGUAAUCAUGUAUGUCAACAAGUAAAUACAUAUUCUUUUGCGUAUAAUACAUAAAACUUCAGAAUGUGUGGAUGGUCCUGAUGCAAGGAGGGAUGGAGAAGAAGUCAAAUAAAGUUAAAGCAUUUAAAAAAUAAAAAGAAUCACGGCAAACCUAAACGUAAAACAAAAAAGAAAAAGGAAACCAAACAAGAAACAAAAACAAAAAUUGCGUAAUAAACUUUAUAAAUCAAGUAAUGAAAACAAAACAAAAAAAAAAGUAAAGAAAACACUAUAACAAAUUUUUGUCUUAUUAUGUUUAAGUCCCUAAUUUAUAUACAAACAAAAAUAAGAAUGAUUUAAAUAACAUAUAUGUAAACUAUGCAUUAGUGAAAAAGUGGAAAACUAUUUAUAUAUAAUAUGAUGGCCAUAUAAGCUAUAACAAUAAAUUGAAAAACACCUUUAAAUCUUAUAAUACAUUUAUAAAUGUUUAACAAAAUCUUAACAAAUACAUUCAUAGAAUUGCGGCAGUAAGGGCAUUAAAGCAUCAUGGAAAUAAUUUGAGCAUUCACCUCACAUUCACUACUCUAAUUGCAUACUGUUGAAUUUUGUUCAUUUUAUUCUCCUGAAUUCCCGAAUUAUGAGGUUUUACAUACAUAUGUAUAUGGCUUGUAUGAGGUUUGAAAAUGCAACAAACGAAACGAAACGAAGCGAAGCGAUUGUAGAAUGCAAACAAAAAACUAAAGCUUACAUAUAUUGUGAAAAUACUGAUAUUGUCUUGCUGUCUUACGAAUAUACUGAAUCAUCAAGUUCUUAUCUAUUUUUAUUAUGUUCUUUUUAAUUAAUUUUAAGUGGUAAUAGGAAAUUCGCGUAUACCGAUACCAAUACCAAUACCGAUACCGAUUCCAGCAUUCUGAAAUCAAAGAUCUGAAAUCCUAGCAAUACCAAAAUUCAUUGAAAAUUGUAAUAAACUGAUUGGUUUAUUGACCUUCUUGAAGUAUUCUUUAACGAUAUAGUAUCUUGGUCCGAUAGGUAAAUGGUAAAUUGUGAUUUAAAAUGAAUAGUUUUUCAAGCAACGAGAAUUAGCCUAAACCUAAACCAAAAACAAAACCUAAA